GGGAGGGGGGGGGGCUUCCUACAUGUAUAUACAAGGUGAUAGGACGUGCCGCUUGAAUUGGUCACCUUUUCAAACUUGGAAAUAUGUGAAUAGGUCGGGGAAAACUAUCAGAAAUAUAUGAUAAGGUCAAUAAAGUUCCCAUAACUUCUUUAUCUGUCAUCUUUAUUGGUGGUCCCGGCUGUUUUUAUCGACCAAUUUUCUCUCUUUUGACACUUUGGUAUUCCACUCUUACAAUACACACCACAUGGAACCCAAACAAUAUGGGAAAAGGUAACAUUUUUACCUACGCAAUAUAUGAAAAGGUAUACAUUUUUAAAAUCUAAAUUAUAUGAAAAGGGUGGGGUUACAGAACCCCAGCGGCACCCCUAUCAACUAAGUAUUGAAGUGGCCCCCCGAGGGUGCCAGUGACCCUAUACCUACUCUACGUUUUUAGUCUGAAUAAUAGCCUACCCUAAAGAUUUGUUUGUCACUGUUAAAGUCAGAAUGUUGCUCCUAUAGACUCAAUGUAAAACAAAAUCCCUACUUGCCUAAAAACGAGGAUUGGUGACCUUCCAGUACAAUUUCUGAAAAUUUGGUCAAAAAAUCUUUAUGGAAAUGAGACAAAUUAAUUAUAAUGACAGACAACAUAUUUUCACUUUCUUCUGACAUUUUUCAGGAUUCUAUUAUUUUAUUCAUAUUUAAAAAGGGAACCCAGUUGCACAACAAUUAGUAAUGUUCACCAAAGAUUUAAACUUAAUAAAAAAGCUGUAUUUAGCUGCAUUAUUUAAUUUGUGUUUCAGAAACAAAUACAGAAGAUUUCAGUGAAGGUACAUGGCAUAAGAAAGCAAAUUUAUAUAUAGGCUUAGGAAUGGAAAAUACAGAUACCACACCAACAAAGGAAAACCAAUUUGAUUGCUGUUUUUGCCUAAGUUCUGGAAUUUCUGUUAAAUUUAAUUUCAAUGGAAAGAAAUGUUCUAAUUAUGACUUCAGUUCAAAAUUAAAAUCAGUUUUUGGUUCAGAUACUUUUGAUUUGAUUGAUGAAUUGUUUCAGAAUGAAGCCUCAGUUUGUAGAAAUUGUUUUUCCUCAUUUUCUCGUUUUUAUGGAUUUAUUUCAUCUAGCAAACAUUGUUUUUCCACUUUUUUGUCUCGAAAAACACAGAAGAAGAGAAUGGCCAAUUUUUCUCCAGAAAUAUGCCACGAUAUUGGAUCCACAUCAACAUCAUUAACAGAUGAAGUACCAGUCUCUGGUAAUAAUGAAGAUGAUACUUUGGUAUUUAGUCAUUUAGAUGCAAGCAUUGUACAUCAUGGAAAUGUCAAUGUUAAAAAGACUGUAGGGUUAAGCGAAGAACAUGGUUAUAGCAAGACACCAAUUAUUAGAAGAUCAUCUGCUUGUAUCGAUGCAAAUGAUAAAAGAGAAGAACAUGCCUACAGCAGGUCCAAACCCCCCUCUUGUAGGGAACUAUUUCAAGAAAGUGUAUUGGACUCUUUUGUUGAAAACAUCAGAAUAAAUGACAAAAACCAGCCAGAACCAGAUGAUAUAAGAGUAAGUGGCGUUUUUAUAAUGCAAAGAGCAAGAUCAUUAAUAAACCAGGAAAUUAAAAAUGUAAGCACUAAAAGAAUGGGAGAACAAAGUCUGCUACUAACCAGGAAGAAAAUGGAGCAUUUAUCCGAAGAUUCAAGUAAAUUGUGCGAUUCCAUUAUAGAGGAAAUGAAAAACAGGUAUCAAUAUGAAUUACGAUAUACCAGGUAUCCUGUUCUGAGCAUUCCUAUUGAGCAUGUUGGAAAAAUACUUUUUUGUUUAAAAACAUUUUUCCAAGUAUCAAUUUAAAAAUUUCAAUCUUCAAAUUUUUCGAUUAUACUAUAAAAAAAUGAAGUGCUGUAAGUGUUGAAAUUUUUCAGAAAAAAAACCUUCCAUCACCAAGGGGAGAUUACUAUAUUGA